UUGGCCAUUUGUAUAAAUAAGAAAAAUAUGAAUUUUGAAGAGGCCUAUCCUGACACAAUUGGAUCCGUGGCGUUAGCAGCACGAGCUGGUGACGAACGGUCAUUAAGAAAGCUGCUUAGGAAUGGUCGACCUGCAGAUGUUAAAGACAAUCGUGGUUGGAUAGCUGUGCAUGAGGCAGCCUACUUUGGCCACGACAAAUGCCUCAAUCAACUUCUUCAGCGGAAUAUAGCAUUUGCUACGGCUGAAACAUUUGAAAGUCAGACACCUCUGCAUCUUGCUUGCAGUCGAGGCCAUGCUGCCUGUGUCAAGAUCCUUCUUCAGACAGGGGCUGAUCCAAAUGCUGAAACAAAAGAAAAUUACACGCCGCUGUGGCAUGCUGUUUCAUGUAAUAUUGAUUGUGUAAAGCUGCUUGUUGAUGCUGGUGCUCUUGUCAAUCAUCAAAUCUACACAAAAGAGACUGCACUGCACAGAGCUGUUAACAAAGGCAAGACAGAUAUAGUAUGUUACUUGAUUGGACAAAAUGCAGACAUUACGUUACGUGAUGAAAAUGGGCUCACACCAUUAUUUAUUUCCGCACAAAUGGGAAGAUUAGGUUGUGUAGAGGCCUUAGUCAAUAAGGCUAAAGAGAAGGGAAACAAAUUUCUUAAGAAGUAUGUAAAUACUCCAGCUGCGGAUGGAGCAACCCCACUUUAUUUGUCAGCACAAGGGGCACAUUUGGAAUGUCUUAAAAUACUGGUAGAUAAUUAUGCUAAUCCAAACAUACCCGUCGAUGUCGAAGAUUUUAAUAUUUACCCAUUUCAAGUAGCACUCUACGGAUCAGCACGUUUGAGGAAGAAAGCAAUUGAUUGUGCAGAAAUUCUUGGCAGUAUAACCAACAUGGCCGUGUUCAAAUGGUCAAAGUAUGCACCACAGGUUACAAGAAUUUCAAAGUGCUACAUGCACCCUUUGACCAUUGCUUUGGGUACAGAUCAGACAGGCCCAAUGAAGUUAUUGAUGAAUUUGAAAGAAAAAGCAAUUCAUGACUUCUUCAAAGAUGAUACAAUUCCUGUUGAUGCAGAAAUGAAGACAAACAUGGAACCCGCUGUUAUAUUGAUAGUUAAUGGAAUGGGUCAAUGGUUGUUUGAUUACAUGGAAAGAAGUUCCAUUGAAAUCUCGAUUAGACGUGACUUUCAAAUUCAGUUCCUAUUGUGCAGGUUGUGUUGCAUGCUAGGAAAGUAUCCUUCUUUCAUUGAAGAUUGGCUAGAAUAUCACCAGAUAGUUGACUGUACAAACAAAUGGGCAGUGGCUAAGACUGAAAUUAUGCUGGCAGGGUUACUUAAAUACUACAAGCCAGAACCUUGUGAUGAUUGUAAAGACAACAAAUAUGACUUCUGUGUUGAAAACAUAGAUCUGAGGUUGUCUGAUGAAGACUCAAAUCAUGAUUUGGAAUACUUUAGAAAUCCUCUUAUCACCGGAGCACAGUAUGAUGAUGAACCAGUAUAUGAAAAUCAUGAGGAGCUGCUCGCUCCCUUGAUGGAAUUGAAGCACUUGAGUCGCAGAGCCGUUGUCCUUAAUAUGAUGCACAGGGGCACAUUUACACAGACUGGUAUAGAAUCACUUGACAUUCCUGUGCAUAUGAAAGAGUACAUAUCCCUGACUGAUAUUGACCAUCCUAUUCAAAACUUGCAUCUUCGUGCCUCAAAAGAAGCACACAGAAUAGAGAAAGAAAUUGACCAGUUUUUAGAACAGGAAGACAAAGAUGGAGUAAUACCUAGAAGCCCUGUGGAAUAUGAGGGUAAUCCUACAGCGAAUAUUAAACACAAACAGGAUAUUUUCUAUAUGGAAUCUGUGGUCAAGAACUUUCUUCAAGACCCCACAAUGUUUGCGUGGGUGCCGGAUCAGUCAAUGAUUGAGGAAGACAUGUACGUUGCAAAUGACAAUGAGGACAGCUAAAGAGGACAGGAUCUCGCAAGAGAGCAUGUGGGUAGAUUGACCAGAAAAAUAGACAUGUAAUGUGUUCGAGGUCAUUAAUGUACAGUACAUGUAACACGGAGUUGUGAAGUGUCUCUUUGUUGAAAAGUUCAUUUCAACUCAUUUGUUAGUUUGAAAUUUAGUGACCAUUUGCAUCAGAAGCGAAAUGGCUUUUAUUGUGCAAAAACCUUAAGUUAAAAGAAUGACAUUUACUUCUUUUUGUUAUGUACAGUUCUACAUUAUAUUAUAUUGAGAGCGCCCUACAAAAAUAAUAUGACUGAAGAGGUAUUUUUGUUAUAGAAUAAGGUUAGAAAAUGGCUGAUUAUUCUGAUGAAGAAUUAGCUACAAUUUAUUGACAAUUUUGUUCAGUAUGUAAUGAUUGAAUGAGCAAGAAAACACCAACAACAUGUCAGUCAUAAGUAUAUAUCGCAUAUAUAGCCUAGGGUAAGAAUUAUUAUUUCUUAAUUAAAUCCUGUUCAUUUCAGAAGUUCUUUUUUUUCUCUAAACUUAUAAUUUAAAUUUCACCAUAGACAUGAAAAUUUGCAUCAGAUUAACCUAUGUUUUUUCUUCACAUGUUCUUCAUCUCAUUAAGUGUCUGGAGGUUUUAGACAUAAAGUUUUAUUAAGUGCUGAAUUGUUCAUGCUUGGUAACGGAUAGAAGACUGUAACUAUAUAUUCCUUCAGUUGCUGAAGCAUAUGUUGUGUACAUAUGAAAACAAAUAAAAAAUGUUAAAUAACUAAUUUGCAUGAUAAACAAAUUUCUUAUUUCUUAU